CCUCCAAUAACAAUGACGUUUAGUUUGGAGCAGACAGGAGGACUCGGCUUAAAAAAAACACACACACAAUCAGCUGCAGGAGCAGGAGCAGGCUGAGCUCACCUUACCUCACUGUCGGACAACAUAGGACUCGGGUCCACUCUGUUCCACCAGCCUGACUGCUAAUCCACCUCCCCGGGUUGAUAACUCAUGACCUCGCGUCCUUGUGUCCUGAUGUGUCGGUGACAUGGGAGAGUGGUGGACAAGCGUGCCAACGGGGACAUCUAUGGGAAACUAUGAGAUCUCCAGCAUAUCGCAUGUGACAAUGUCCCCCUCAAGACAGAACAACUUUGUGUCAAUGUACUCCUCCAUGCCCCUGUCCAAAAGCUCCUACAGUGUGAUAAGUGCCUUUUGCACUGAGGAUAAUAUUCCUCAGUGCAUUACAUACAUGAAUCAGGAGCUCGCCUCACUGGGCCUCUCCUCCACAUGUAUCGAGGCCAGCUCACCAGGGGGAGCCGGCCUGAACACAGUGCCAGCUCUGAAUGCCAUGUAUGAGCUGCUCCAGAUUCACCGGCGCAACGUGUGCACAUUAACGGAGCUGGAGAAUGAACAGCUGAAGAAAUCCAGCUCUUUGGAACACAUGCAGAUGAACAAUUCAAGACUCAAGGAUCAGUUGGAACUGUCCAUAAGAGAGAAAUCUGGGCUACACGAGACAGAGAGGCAGCUACAACUCAAAAUUAAGACUCUGCAGAGCUGCUUGAAAACAGAAAAAGAUGAGGUUCAGAAGCUCCAGAGUAUCGUUGCCAGCCGUGCCUCUCAGUACAGUCACGAUGCCAAGAGGAAAGAGAGAGAAGCUGCAAAGCUCAAGGAACGCCUGAGCCAGCUACUGGUCGACAGAAAGGAUAAGAAACUGGCUAUUGAUGUACUGAAUGUCUUGGGGAGGUCAGAUGGAAAAAGGAGCCACUGGAAGACGGCAAAAGCAGCAGCCAGCCACGAGGGUGAGAUGUACAAGUCCCUGCUGAGUGACUACGAGGCGAGUCAGAGGUCACUGAUGCUGGAGAACGCCGAGCUUAAGAAAGUCCUUCAGCAGAUGAAGAAGGAGAUGAUGCACAUCCUGAGUCCACGCAAGCCCUCUACCAGAGGAGCCACUGCUGAUGACAGCCAGGAGCAGGUGGAUUCAGAUGGGGAGGAGAAGGCAGGUGAAUCAAGCAGAGAAACUCUGGACCAAUCCUGUGAGCACGCUAGAGAGCAGCUCACCAACAGCAUCCGCCAGCAGUGGAGGAAACUGAGGAACCACAUGGAGAAGUUAGACAGCCAAGCUUCGCAAGUGCAGAAUCAGUUGCAGUCCAAUAAGGAGGUGAUACCAAGGGAGACCCACGAUGAUGAGAUGGAGCGGAUGAGGCGUGAAGUGCAGCAGUGCAAAGAGUUCAUUCAUGCACAGCAACAGCUCCUUCAGCAACAACUCAACACAUCAUUUGACGAUGAGACAGCAGCUCUUCUCAAUGACUGCUACACACUGGAGGAGAAGGAGCGUCUCAAAGAGGAAUGGAGGCUCUUUGAGGACCAGAAGAGAAACUUUGAGAGAGAGAGAAAGAACUUCACCGAAGCUGCUAUUCGCCUGGGGCGAGAGAAAAAGGCCUUCCAGGAGGACCGUGCUUCAUGGCUCAAGAAUCAGUUUUUGAACAUGACCCCCUUCACAGACCGCAGGAGAUGUUCCUCAUCCGACGGUCAAAGUGCCUUAUCAAUCAGAAGUGAGCCAGAGAUGAGGAUGUCUUCCACGAACGCUCAGGUGGCCAAAUCCUCAACCUACACUACGUUCUCCACUCCUAAACCUACACAAAGCGCCACUGUGCCAUCAACAACCGAACUUUACCGUACACUCCGACUGAUCCCAGACGGCAGCUCCUCCAGACAUUCAAAUCGAGGAUGCUGGCAAGAGUCCAGCUCCAUUGAAGACAGAGAUACUCGCUUCAAGUCAAAAAGCAGAGGUCGAUGUGGAGACUUGAGUAUCUUCUCUUUGGGUGAAGACGAGAACAGCCUCACAUGAAGAACAUCCAGUGCCUUUUUUUUUUUUUUUUUUUUUUUUUAAUUUAAUUUAAUUUUCUCGUGGGUGUGAUUUCACCUUGGACUUUUAAGACCAAUACAUGGCUACAUUUCAUCACCACUGAUGAACACAGUACUGUUGUUAUGUUGCUUUGUCGUGGACAUGCACGUCAUUCACCAAAGCGGAUCAAAGAAAGAAAGAAAGAAAGCACUUUAAUGAUUCCUCACAAACAAAUCAACACUGACAAAUCAGAUUUUUAAGCUAUAUUCAAGGGAGAUUAUCUACAAAGUAAAGAUCCGAUUUUUUUUUUUUGUUUUUUU